AUGUCUAAGAUAAAUUUACACUAUUUCGAUAUUUAUGGAGAUGGAGAAUGCAUCAGAACAAUACUAACAUAUUUUGAUAUCCCGUUUAAUGACCAUAGAAUUUCUGUUGAGGAAUGGAAAAACUUAAAAUCCCAAGGAUUUUCAGAAUUUGACUUACUUCCUGCAUUAGAUAUAGAUGGGCUAAGACUAGUAGAUACAGAAUCUAUUUGUAAUUAUAUAGCAAGAAAAUAUGAAUUUUACCCCAAAAAUUUCAUUGAUACUUAUUUAGUUGACUCUAUAUGCGAAUACAGAAAGUUUAUUUUAGGAAGCUUUACAGAGAUUUUGAUUGGAGAUGAUUUGCCAGGAUGGGAAAGGUUUAUACAUGAGAAAAUGCCAUAUUUUUUGAGAAAAUUUGAAGCAAGAUUAGAAAAAAAUAACGGAGGAUUUACUUAUUUCGUAGAUGUUAGCAUAACCAUGGCCGAUUUCAUGAUAUUUGAUAUUAUAUAUAACUUUUGCUUGAGACCUGGAAAGAUUGAAAAAUUUGGAAACAUUGUGGACAUAAAUGCUCCAAAAUGUAAAACGCUUUGUGAAAGAAUUAUAAACUCAUCAGAUAGAUUUAGAGAAUACUUAAAGAAUAGACCAUAUCGAAAGUUUUAG